AACAUACUGCGCUUCUCUGCCUUCAUUGGCUUUGGGAUCGAGAUGGAUUUGACGUACAAGAGCAGUAGAGGCUAAAGCGGAUACUAGCCAAACAAGAAGCACAAUAUUUUUACUACACCUCAACGCAAUCAUGCUCCAAGUGUCGGGAACGGAUCGCCGCGGGGAUGUCGAUACCGAGGACUGAUAUUCUCUCAUUCAUCCACUAUCAGUUGUCGAUGAACUUAUAGCGACUCUUCGGCGCUGUGCAGGAAAACAAUAAUAACCAAACGCCGCGGAAGAAAGACAAACACUCAAGAAAAAGCGUCUGCUGUCUCCUUUUCAUCAAUGCAUGUCUCAACAUUAGACGUUUAAACACCAUGUCCUGCUCUGGCAACCUCAUUUGGGAUGUGAGAAAACGCACCAUUGGAUGCACAGAUCCAUACUCGAUCAGGACAAAUUAUUUAGGCAGAAGAGAGUUUGUGCAGCGGCUGAAGCUCGAAGCCGUUCUCAAUGUGCACGAUGGAUGUGUUAACACCAUAUCCUGGAACGACACUGGAGAGUACAUCUUAUCAGGUUCAGAUGACACUAACUUGGUUAUCACAAACCCUUACAACAGAAAGGUCAAGACGACUAUUCGUUCAGGACAUCGGGCCAACAUCUUCAGUGCAAAGUUCAUGCCCCACACUAACGAUCAACAGAUUGUGUCCUGCUCAGGAGACGGCAUCAUUUUCUACACACACACAGAGAAGAGCCAAGAAAUCAACAGACAGUGCCAGUUCACCUGCCACUAUGGCACUGCUUAUGAGAUAAUGACGGUGCCAAAUGACCCCUAUACCUUCUUGUCCUGUGGAGAAGAUGGUACAGUGAGGUGGUUUGACUUGCGGAUGAAGACAAGCUGUACAAAGGAGGACUGUAAAGAUGACAUUUUGAUUAAUUGCCGGAGAGCCGCUACCUCAAUCUCCAUUUGCCCCCUGGUCCCCUACUAUCUCGCUGUGGGCUGUUCAGAUAGCUCUGUGAGGAUCUAUGACAGAAGAAUGCUGGGAACAAGAGCUACGGGUAACUACAUGGGCAGAGGGACGACCGGUAUGUGUGUGCGUUUCGUCCCAGCGCACCUGUCCACCAAAUCCUGCCGCGUCACCUCUCUGUGUUACAGUGAAGAUGGACAGGAAGUGCUUGUCAGUUACUCCUCUGACUACAUUUACCUGUUUGACCCCAAAGAUGACCAAGCCAGAGAGCUCAAAGGCCCUUCUGAAGAGCGGAGAGAGGAGCUGAGGCAGCCCCCGGUCAAGCGCCUGCGUCUGAGAGGAGACUGGUCAGACACGGGACCCAGAGCCCGGCCUGAGAGCGAGAGAGAGCGCGAUGGAGAGCAGAGUCCGAAUGUUUCACUCAUGCAGAGGAUGUCAGACAUGUUGUCUCGAUGGUUUGAGGAGGCCAGCGAGGCUCAGAGCAGCAGAGCUCGUCCACAAACUCGACCCAGAGGUAUAGCAGCUCAAGCAGAAGGCACGAGCUCAGAGACAACCGCUCAGGCACAGGAGUCCUCUGGCAUGGCAGCUGAAGGAGCGAUGGAGCAGGAGACGCCCACCAUAAAUCCUCUCCCUACACCUCCUGCUCCACCAUCAGAGCCUCUCCCGAAGUCAGUCUCUUCAUCCUCCUCAGGCUCCUCCUCCACUGUGACGGCUCCUCCCCCCUCCAGCUCCUCCUCCAUGGAAAGCGCCACCUCCUCCUCUCUGCUCUCCUCGCCAGACACUGGGCAGAAGAGCCAGGGUGAAGUCACGCCCACUCCCUCGACCACGCCCACUCCCUCAGCCACGCCCACUGCAUCUAGAGAGGCAGCUUUAUCUGAAUAUGGUCCUCACAGGCUGCCGGUAAGUUUAGUGUGUAGACGAUUGCAGAGACUGCUUCUUCUGUCCGAUCCUCCUGGACAGGGCAGACGCACAAUGCCUAAUGUACCCAUGGCCUCCAGCUCAGAGAGCUCAGCCCAACAGGCUACUGCUGCUGCUGAUGCAGAUUCUCCCUCAUCUGUGGUAAACAAACAGCUCAGAUCCAUGACUCUGGAGGAGGAGCAGGGAGUGAAAUCUUCAGGAGAAGCAGCGGGGCGUGUAAUCGGUGAUCAGAGUACAGGCGUCAGUGAGGCUCCUCCAGAGAGUACGGAAAGUGUGCCAUCCACAUCAGCGCCUUCGCUUGGCACCAGCCCUGGCAACAUCAGCGUCAGCACUCCUUCGGGAUCUGGCCGGUCCGGGACGGCAGAGCCUGUGCUUAGUCUGCACUACAGCACUGAGGGCACCACCACUAGUACCAUCAAACUGGACUUCACAGAUGAGUGGAGCAGUCCAGCGUCUGGUGCUAAAGGCAGCAGUGGAGGACAGAAGUCUGGAGGGGUGGAGGAGAGUCAGAGCAGAGAGGAGCCCACAGGACACAAGUCAAGCUCAUCCUCAAAAAGUGAAUCCACACCUGAUGGAAGCCAAACUGCAAGCAGCAGCACAGAAAAACCCAGCAUCAGUUCUAAAAACAGCUCCACUCCAGCGCCUGCUCCUCCAGGAGACCCGUCUACCACAGACACAGGUCAGCCCUCUGAGGAGCUUCAGACGGCGGCUUCAGAGCAGUUGAGCGAACAGUGCAGGACCAGCGAAAGCGCAGGAACAGCCAGUCAGGGUUCGACUCAACCCUCCCGCAAUAAUCAGGACUCUGAUGACAGCGAUGACGACCCCAUCCUGAUCCCGUCAGCCAGGUACAGAGGAGGGCAGGGACAGAGAUUUAGUUACAGAGGAUCAACUGUAGGUGAUAGGAUGAUAAGACGCUCGGCCGCGGCCCGAAUCCAGGAGCUGUUCCGCAGGAGGAAAGAAAGACGUGAGAUGGAGGAGAGCGAGACUCAGAACAUCAGGAGACCCUCCGUCAAGAUGAUGUACAAGGGUCACCGCAACUCCAGGACCAUGAUCAAGGAGUCAUGUUUCUGGGGGAGUAAUUUUGUGAUGAGCGGCUCUGACUGCGGCCACAUCUUCAUCUGGGACAGACACACAGGGGAGCACCUGAUGCUGCUGGAGGCCGACAACCACGUGGUCAACUGCCUACAGCCUCACCCAUAUGACCCCAUUCUUGCUUCAUCAGGGAUCGACUAUGACAUUAAGCUGUGGUCGCCUUUAGAACAGUCACCGUCAUUUAACAGAGUGCUUGCAGACGAGGUUAUUGCUCGUAAUGAGUUGAUGCUGGAAGAGACGAGGAACACCAUCACUGUUCCUGCUUCAUUCAUGCUCCGAAUGCUGGCAUCAUUAAAUCACAUCAGAACAGACCGCGUGGAGGGCGAUCGUUCAGAAGGCUCAGGACAAGAGAACGAGGACUAGCAGUAGCCCCUUCAGCUAAAAAGUCACCGGUUCUUUUUUUGCUACAAUGCACUUGAGCAUUUGAGAUUUGUACACAAGUUACAAAAUAGAGUAUUUCCCUAUAGGUUCAGUUUUUUGGCAUUGUUCUUUUUUAAACGAGACUUUUCUUACUAAUUACUCCAUGUGAGAGUAAACCGCGUUUGGGGAGUUCAUGCAAAAAAAAGCGAUGUGUAAGAAGUCAAAAUGAGACUUAGACGGCUGGUGCUUGAAGAGAGUAUUUAAGUGCAAUAUUAAUUUGUUAAAUCAAACGGUUGAGCUUUUUUGAACGGUGUUAUGUGUGAAAUCUUCUCGCAGCCUCAAAUGAAGAACUCGGAUGUUUGUAUACCAUGAAUUAUGCAUGUCAAACAUGAGUUUGCCGAAAACGUGCUCUUAGUCUCUAACAAUGUUGUGUAUAAAAAUGGCUCUCUUUUUUUUUGUCAUCAUUAAAUCUCGCAUCACGCAGGGAUCUUCUGUCUAACUCCAAUUACAGGUACUUGCAAUAUUUAAUUACCCAAAACCGUCAUUAAACGUUGUUACACUGCAGAAUGUUUAUAAAGGUUUAUUAAAUUAAGAAUAGUUUUUGGACUCUGUCUAUACAUAAACCCACUGCUGUCUAGCCAAAUGGUUGUAGCAUUAGUUGGCAGGUCGUGUUUCUCUCUCUCUCUCUCUUUCUCCUCACAGCACAGAUGGCCUUUGUUGUGGCAGCUGUUGGUGUGAAUGUUCUGCUAAGUGACUGCUGAUCGCUGGGAGAAGUUAAAAUGAAAUAUCUCCUCAUCUAAUUCUGUGCUAACCUCAUUCAACGCUGUUAAGGAAUGUAAGCCAUCUUUUUAAAUGUUUUGUCCACUGAUUUUUUUUUUUUUGGGGUUUUGUUUUCUUCAGAUUAAGUUCCAGUUCCAUUCAAACAGUGUGUGUGAGAGGAUGGUUUAAACAUUAAAUGUGUUGUGAUUUAAAGCAAAA